AUGGGUCCUACAACSUCAAUUGUUGUACAACAUCAUGGCUUCGCUGUUGGCAUCAACUUUUACAGUGGAUUUCUGCUAUUGUGRGCCUUGAACCAUCUGUCUGACUUUGUUGUUCACACAGGAGAGAGAAGUGACUACCGUGGGGAGCCUCAACAACAUCAUGAUGCUGAUGAGGMAGAGAAGAGUCUCCCCAGAUCAAAACACCUCAAGAAACACCAGCGGAGACCCACAGGGAASAAAUCUCAUUGCUGCUCUGACUGUGGGAAGAGAUUCACCWCCUCAGCAGGCAUCAAAAUUCAUCAGAGAAUCCACACAGGAGAGAAACCUUAUAUCUGUGGUCAAUGUGGGAAGAGUUUUACUCAGUCAACCAGCCUGAUAUCACACCAGAGAAUACACACCGGAGAGAAACCUUAYAGCUGURMUCAAUGUGAGAAGAGUUUUACUCAUUCAACCAGCCUGAUAUCACACCAGAGAACACACACAGGGGAGAAACCUUACAGCUGUGAUCAAUGUGGGAAGAGUUGUAGUCACUUAUGCAACCUUUUAUCACACCAGAGAAYACACACAGGAGAGAAAUCKUAUAGCUGUAAUCAAUGUGGGAAGAGUUUUACUCACUUAAGCAACCUGGUAUCACACCAGAGAACACACACAGGAGAGAAACCUUAUAGCUGUGAUCAAUGUGGGAAGAGUUUAACUUCAUCUAGCAGUCUUAUUGUACACCAGAGAACACACACAGGAGAGAAACCUUACAGCUGUGAUCAAUGUGACAAGAGAUACUCUGAUAAAAGAUCUCUGAUCAAACAUCAGAAAAUACAUACAUGA